GAGAAGAGGAGCGGGGUGUGUGUAUAAAUCGACAUUCGUUAUUGGUGCUCUGCUCCCACCUUUGCACCCCGACCCUCGGCGUAUGUCCGACUUUUGGUACCGGGGCCGGUUAUACGACUCGAAACCCCGCCACCUCCCACUUCCCCCGCAUCACACAUACAUACCUUACCUGCCCCACACAUUCGAUGUAAGAGGUGCGGGAGGAAGAGAGAGAGAGGGUUGGACGACCGCAAAGAACCUGAGGGAUUUGCUCUUUCAAAGGGGAUAUUGGUUCUUCUUGUUCGUCCACAAUAUCGCGCGAUUGCAUCAUCAUCACUGCCUCGGAUCUUCUUUGCCCACGUCAGCGGAGCUCGUUCCCGAACACGCACACCUUUUGAACAGGAGGUCUCGUGCCUCACAGACUAACCACACCACACUCCACGGCUCGAACCAAGAUCCAUAUUUAGAAACUCGGGAUCAAGAAAACAGGCAAACAUGUCACCCAGUACCCUCCACCAGGGCGCGGCAAAGGGCUUCGCCGACGCCGCCACCUACGACGCCUACCGGCCCUCGUACUCGUCCGAGGCUACCCAGAAGUUCCUCUCGCACCUGCGCCUCGCCGACGUCCCUCAUGCACGAGUCCUGGACCUCGCGGCGGGGACGGGCAAGAUGACGGAAGUGCUGGCGGCGCGGCACGAGGGGUUCGAGAUCGUGGCCGUCGAGCCUCACGAGGGCAUGCGCGCCGAGCUCGAGAAGAAAGAGUUGCCCGGGGUCGAGGUGAAGGACGGCUUUGCGGCGAAGUUGCCGUUAGGAGAGGAGUGGGCCGACGGUGCUAUCGUUGCGCAGGCCUUUCACUGGUUCGCGACACCAGAGGCUCUGAAGGAAAUCCACCGCGUUUUGAAGCCCACUGCCGUGCUGGGUGUGAUUUGGAACAUUGAGGAAUACAACAAGCCGCAACACUGGGAGGCCAGUACGCCCUGGGAAAAUGCCCUCAACGAGCUCGUCUUCAGCCUCGGCUCCGACGGCCAGCCGCGCUUUCGAAACUUCGUCUGGAAGGACGUGUUCGACAACCAGCUCGACUCAAACCCGCUGCGCGCCGUCAGAGACGUUAUCAUGGAGGGCGGGCGCAAAAUGCCGCUGUUUUCGGUUCCCGUGGGCGAGGAAAAGGUUCCAUUCACGGUCUGGCUGACUCCCGAGGCCCUGUGGAACCGGCUGCGGACGCUGAGCCAGAUCGCCGUGCUAGAGGGGGACGCAGCGAGUGCGUUCAAGGAGAAAUUCGAUGCUAUUGUGGCGGGGGAGAGCGUAGAGAGGAAUGAGAAGGGCGAAGUUUUGUUGCACGGGGUUACGUAUCUGGCGUGGACCUCGAGGCUGUAGGUGCGCGCGGAGGCGAGCAUCUGGUAGUGGUGGUAUAUGCUGUUUUGAUUUCAUAGAUAUUUUGUGCAUAACGCGCCUCUUGGCCAGCAUAAUGU